AUGAAGCCUGAUAGAAUAGAAUGGAAAACAGAUAUAUUGGAUAAACAUAAAGCAGCUUUAGAUGAGAGAACUAAAGUUACCGACGUAGAAAGGACUGGCAUGCUAAAAUGGCAGGGGACCGGUCACAUUUGUCGAAGAACCGAUGACCGUUGGGGUAGACGUGUUCUGGAAUGCGCAGAGCUGAAGAUCAAGCUCAGUGGCGUGCCAUUGGAGUUGCCUAUGUCUGACAAUGAACGAGAACAUGCUGUUGAUAGUGAUAAUGAACCCAAAUUCUUAUGUGACUUUUUUAAUCACUUUGUCUGUCAAAAUGGAGUAUUACAAUUAUCGAAUGCUGAAGAAAAUGCUACUACAACGGCUGAACAACCUACAACUAAAUCAUCUACACAAGAGUCACCUGCACAGGAUUCACCUGCAGAAGACUCAACACAGAAACCGAUUGCACUGAAUGCAACUGCACUGAAUGCAACUACACAGGACUCACCUGAAGCAGAUUCUUCUACAAAAGACCCUAAACAAGACCCACUAACAGUGGACCCACCUGCAUCAAAAUCCCCCACCAAAGAAGGAAAUACGACAGAAAACUUAAAACAGAAUGAUGAAGAAGUUGUGACGUCCAAAGAACCACCAAAGUUAGUAUCACUUGUGGAAGAUGAAUUACCAACACAAACAAAAAAUGAUAGUAAAGUUACACCCACAGCAAUAUCGCCACAAACAGCAGAAGAUGAAACAAAAAUAGAAGAUACGUCGUCUACUAAAGCAAAUAGCACUGACGCUUUAUCAACAGCUUCCAAAUUAAAUAAAGAUACUACAACCUCUACAGAUAAAGAAUCAAAGAAAACUGAUGAAGAUGAACCAGGUACAAAAGACGCUGAGAAAGUUAAAACAGAAAUAAAAUCUGUCAAUAAGGAAAACAACGAUGUAGAAUUGAGUACUGCUGCACCUCCAAAAGGUAUUUUGGACUUCAGCCUUUUUGGUUCUGUUAUUAAUAACGAAACCCCAUAUCGCAGAGCUCCAAUGAGCUAUGUUGAAGUUCGAGACGACAUUGAAAGGGUGGUUUCCAAAGGCGUCGAUUCAGCGAAGGAUAUUGCAGGUGGAGCAUACAAUGUGAUGAGGUCUGCCUUCUCCAAUGUUAUAAAAAAAUAGUUAUCUACCUACAGCUAUAUUUUUUGUUUAUGCGACACCUAAAUAUAUCGUUAAUGCUUAAUUUUGAUUAAGUGACUGAGCCAAUUUUUUAAUUUUUAUUUUGGUCUAUACUUACAAUAA